AUGAUGGAGGAUGUACAGGGACAUAAAAGGGAGCGCGGAGAGAAAGUCCAUCGAAAAAAGAAGAGUCGAGAUUAUGAGGUUACUCAUCAAACUGCUAGUCGCUUCCUCAAUCAAUUUUCGGACAGCAGAUAUGAAAAUGAUAACCAAGAUAACGGCUGUCAUGAUGCCGAGACCACUGAAGAUUUUUCUGACUUUAAUGCUACCAGAAGACCUUACUCUUCAAGUCGAGUUGUUUAUAGGGAUAGUGUAGAAAAGACAUACCCAAACGAAAAAGCAGAACGACAUAGGUCGAAGAAAAAACCACCGAGACAUGAAAAUGUGUCGAAUAUGGCUGGUAUGGAACACAAAUAUUCUGUCGAUCAAUAUCAAGAAAGUAUCCAUAGUCAUGUCAGUGACAAUGAGAAUCAGUACAGAAGUCGCACAGGUUCUCGAAUUUUUCAAAAUCAAGUACCAUAUCAUCAAGAUGAGGAAAGUGGAGUGUCUGGUUCUAUUCGUUAUGACGGCUCAGUACCACCUUCUCCUCUUUCAGGCAGCAUUCCCAUUUCUAAUGGUCGUUCUGAGGAACGUCGAGAAUCUUCCAUGGGUUUACCCACAAAUCUACACUCUGAAUCCUAUUCGAGUUACGAACAACGCUUGCUAGAUGAUGGACAUUCCAAUGCAUUUGUUGGGAGUGGGCGGGGAUUUUGGAAUCCUGAAUUCGGACAAGGCCAGCAUGAACUCGUACCUCACCAAAAUCUACCUGAGGUUUCGCCAACGAAAAACGUAUUAUCAAAGUUAUUCGCUUCUUUUAGGCGACGCAAGCCGAAAGCUCAUGUGUCACAAAUUACCAAGCCGUCUGAUAGUUCUACAUCAGUUUGCGUUAUUAUGCUUGAUGGUGAGGAGCUUGUUUUCCAGUUGAGUCGUGAUGAUAUUGGUCAAGUUCUUUUCGAUCAGGUGUGUCAGAACUUAGAUCUUUAUGAAGCCGACUACUUUGGACUGACGUUCGUCAGUAACAAAAUACGUACAUGGUUUUGGCUGGAUUUACAAACCAAAAUUGGAAAACAGUUGCGAGAUAACGAGCAACGGUUAUUUUAUUUCCAAGUUAAAUUUUACCCUCCUGAGCCAUCCUUGUUGCAAGAAGAGUUGACACGCUAUCAGCUUACUUUACAAAUUCGACAAGAUAUUUACACUGGGAAACUUCCUUGUUCAUGGGUUACACAAGCAUUAUUAGGUUCAUUUAUGGUACAGGCAGAAUUAGGCGAUUUUGAUCCGGAUAAACAUAUUGGGUUAGAUUAUUUAAAUGAAUUUGAAUUUGUACCAUCACCUACACCCCAAUUGUUGAAAAAAAUUGUGGAAUUGCAUAAAACCCAUACUGGUAUGAAACCGAAUGAAGCUGAUAUUAAAUAUUUAGAGACUGCUAAACGGUUGGAACUAUACGGUGUUGAUUUACACCCAGCUAAAGAUACGGAAAAUGUCGAUAUUUAUAUUGGUGUUGGUUUUCAUGGUGUAGUUAUUUAUCGUGACCGACUGCGUAUUGGUCGAUUUGCAUGGCCUAAAGUUCUACGUAUAUCGUAUAAAAAAAUAAUUUCUAUUUAA